ACUACUCUCUAAACCUAACGCGAGUUCAACGAUCGGCCUCUUCUUCAACUUCAACUUCCGGCGUCUUCGAUCGGCAGUCUGGUAAUACGCAUAUUUUGGAAUGAAGACAGGUGCAACGAUUGAAGAGAGCGAAGGUGAAAGUAUGAAGAUCGAUCGCCCAAGCACUCUGUAUGUUUUAUCCCCAAAGCAUCUUUUCGUGAUAAAUAUAUUAGGAAGUAGCAUUGGAUCUUGUUCGGUGAAGAAGCUACGAAAUCCCUUUGCGGGUAUGAUUGAACUGGAGUCCAGGAUUUUGUUGGUGGGCGGUAAAGCGCCCCAUGUUCCUGACUAUCUCUAUUAUUCUCCAUCCUAUAAUAUCGCUCGCAAGGAAAUCUUUGAGGUGAAACAAGGUUCCUGGUCCAUAGUUCCUUCUAAAAUCAUGCCAAGUAUGAACGAGGGGAAGAAACACCCAAUUGUCCAAAAGUUUGGAACCAAGGUAUUUGUGCUGCACAUGGGCUCUCGUUUCGUAUACGACCGCACGAGUGGGAGAUAUUCAACUAAAGUUUUUGAACUUUUUGAUUUUGCUUGUCCAGAGAAGGGUUGGGUUGUGAAAUCAGUACCCUUUUUUGAUGGUUCCCCUUCGGGAUGGUACCGGGUGGUUGACUUCUUACGAAUAGGGGAGAAACUCUACUUGCUCAUCGCUCUUGACUACUGUGGGGAAUGUUCUUAUGUUUUUAAUUUAAAGACAGAGGAAUGGUCGGAGGAUGACCCUUUUUUUUGGAGGAUGGGUUGUCCUCCUAUUGACUUAGGCUUACCAGUGGGUGCUGUCUCGGCUCCUGGUUUGGAUGAUGAAACGUAUGUCGUUUUUGGAUUCUUUGACUACUUUCUAAGAUUUGGAGCUGCACUUUUCACGGAAGGAAAAGGAUGCUCCUGUUAUCAAAAAGUGGACGGCAUCUUCAACUUGGAAGGAUUGAGAAGGAAACGUAUGGCCUGCCAAUUUGUUGAGAUGGGGAACGGUGACUACUUGGGGCUGCUCACAGCUCAAGACGAAAAAACAUUUCACCAAUAUCUUCUUGUAUCAAUCUUUUCACUUGAGGUACUGGCUGCUCAAGUGCCACCCAACCCAUCUCUGGAUAAGCCUAUCAAAACGACAUUCUUAAGUGUUAACCGCAAGAACCAACAUAAGUUCAAUAUUCGUGGGGCUCCUUUCAGUUAUUUUGCCGGAGCUGUAUGUCUUUAGGUAUUGUUUGCAUCUCAGUUUCCCUACGUCUGCGAUCUUCGUGCUGGUAUAGAAAUCACUGUUUUGUCAUAAGUCCGAUCAGAUCAGGCUUCAAGAACCAUUUUUCCUACACUUUCUAUUAAAU